AGUAAUUGUUUAGAAUCUAAAUGUUAUGAUAUGGAAGCGAAAUUGUUAUUCUUUUUCAGGGUGCUGGUGAAGAUUGAGGUACACGUAGUCGGCUUAUCAGAGAGAGAGAGUAACCGGAGUCCAGAUCCGAUUUGAGCGAAACCCAUUCUGAUUUCGCAGUCGUUGGAUUGGUGGCGAUUUUGGCCAUUCAGUUGCCUUAUCGACGGCCAUCGGGCUGGGUGUACUUGAAUAUAUAUACUAUAUUCUCUUUUUUUCGGUGAAUAAUAGUUGCAAGUGCGGUUGAGGAAAUGGCAACCACUUCGCUUCACAUUGUUUGCUCGCUGGCCGUGGUGAUCCUGGUGGCCAUGUGGACUCCUCCUUCAGAAGCUGCUGAUAAGGAAGGCUUUCCCGUGGCCCUCAUCCACAUCAACGAUCUGCACGCCAGGUUCGAUCCCACGGACACCUCCGGCGGAACCUGCGACGAGGGAGAGACCUGCAUCGGCGGAUAUCCGCGCACCGUCCACACGGUGAGGCGCCUCCUCCGGGAGCAGGCCGACCUGAAUCCCAUCUACAUCAACGCGGGCGACAGCUUCCAGGGAACCCUGUGGUACAACAUCGGCCGCUGGAACGUCACCCAGGAGCUCCUCAACAUCCUGCCCGCCGAGUUCAUGACUCUGGGCAACCACGAGUUCGACCACGGAGUGGAGGGCUUGGUGCCGUUCCUGGAGACGAUUAACACCACCAUGCUGGUGGCCAACAUGGACUGCUCCCACGAGCCAACGAUGGAGGGCAAGUACAACAAGUCGAUGAUCAUCGAGCGGUCGGGUCGCAAGAUCGGCGUGAUUGGCGUCAUCCUGGAGACGACCUACGACCUGGCCAACACGGGCAAGGUGAUCUUCCGGAACGAGAGCGACACCAUCCGCGAGGAGGCGAAGCAGCUGAAGGAGCAGGGAGCCAACAUCAUCAUCGUGAUCUCGCAUUGCGGCUACGACGUGGACAAGGAGAUCGCGGCGAAUGCCGGCGACUGGAUCGACGUCAUCGUGGGCUCCCACUCGCACACCUUCCUCUACACGGGCACUCCGCCGGGUCCGCACAACCCAGCCGGUGACUACCCCACCGAGGUGAUCCACAGCUCCGGCCACCGCGUCCUCAUUGUCCAGGCAUCCGCCUACGCCCGCUACGUGGGCAACCUGGUCGUCUACUUCGACGACAACGGCGAUGUGCUCGACUACGAGGGGGAUCCCCUCUACAUGGACCAAUCGGUGGAAGAGGAUGAAGAUGUUCUGCGGGCGAUGGCACCAUGGCAGGAUGAAAUGGAACCAAUUGCCAACCGGAUCGUGGGAAGCAGUAGGGUUUAUCUCCAGCAGAGCGAGUGCAGCCGAGGCGAGUGCAACCUGGGGAACUUCUUCACGGAUGCCAUGCUUCAUGCGUUUGUCAAGGAUGCAUCGACCAAGGAGGACAGAUGGAGCAACGUGACCAUUGCACUGACUUCAACGGGGACAUUCCGAGUGCCCAUUCCACCUGGCAACAUUACCUACAAGCAGCUGUUUGCCAUGUGUCCCUGGCAGAAUCGACUGAUAUCCCUGACUCUGCGGGGCAAGGAAAUCGUGGAGCUGCUGGAAAACGUCGUGGCGCCCAUGAAUGGCAGCUCGCCUUCGCCGCGAUCCUCGCGCUUCCUGCAGGUCUCCGGACUGCGCUUUCUCCUGGAUCUGAAGAACAGUGCUGGCCAUCGCGUCUCCCAAGUGAGAGUUCGGUGCUCCGAGUGCCAAGUGCCCAAGUACAUGCCACUCGAUCCGGAGGGGAAGUACCGCCUGGUGGUCAUGGAGUACCUGGCAAAUGGAAAGAAUGGUUUCAGCGUGAUCAGCGAAAAAGCCGAGGAUCCCGAGAUUGGUCCUUUUGACUUGGACGCCUUGAUGGACUACAUGAGUGCAGUGGGACCCAUCACCAUGGGUAUCGAGCAUAGGAUACAGUUUGUUAAUAACUAGUAUCUUGUAUAUAAUAUCUAUUAUAUUGUAAACACACUGAAAAUUGAUAAAUUUGC